AUGGCAAAGCUUACGGCAGCGUUGAACGUGGUGCACGACGCUGCAAAGUACACGGCGUUGAAGCGUCACCACGACACGUACAAAGAUAUCCUCGACACGUGUGACCGCACGAUCAAGCAGCACAACCGCACGGUCCAGGAAACUACCCACCAGUUGGAGAGCUUGAAACUCGCGUACAACAGCGGGCUCUCACAGCUCCACGCGGUGGACCCUGAGGCGAGCCGUGCAUUUGCCGCGCGCGUGCCGGCGCCCAGGGCGGACCCAGGGUAUGCGCCGAACAUCUACAAUACCGCACUAACGGACGAGGACCAGAACUUGGAGGAGUUGAUCAAUAACAUGCGGCCGGACGAGGAGAUUGACGCGGAAUCGGUGGCGACCCCAGCUGCGCUCACGAUUUCUCUCCUUCCGCACCAACGCAAGGGCCUCGCAUGGCUCCAGCAGAUGGAGGCGAAACCGUCAAACAAGGGCGGCAUCCUCGCGGACGACAUGGGGCUUGGGAAGACGGUCCAAGCGCUUGCGCUCAUUCUCUCGCGGGCGCUGGAGGACCGCAAACGGAAGACCACGUUGGUGGUAGCACCUGUGGCGUUGCUCAAACAGUGGGAGGCUGAAAUCGGGUCCAAAGUCAAGCCCGAGCACCGCUUGAGUGUGGCGAUAUAUCAGGCGGGCAAGAAGCUCAAGAGCUUCGGACACUUGGCCAGGCACGACGUGGUGUUGGUGUCGUACGGGACUCUCAGUUCCGAGAUGAAGAAGCACUACAAGCGCGUGUUGGCGGAACUUGAUAAAGAGCGGGGCAGUGAUUUACCGGGAGAUGACGAGGGGGGGGAUGAAGGUUACGUCUCGCCGUUCUUUGCGCGCAACGCAGUGUUCCACCGAGUCAUUCUCGACGAGGCGCAGUGGAUUAAGAACAAGAAGACGCUCGCAUCGCGGUCGUGUGCGAUGGUCAAGGCGAGUUUCCGGUGGUGUCUCUCGGGAACGCCGAUGCAGAACGGGGUGAUCGAGUUGUACCCGUUGAUCCGGUUCCUCAAGAUCCGCCCGUACUGUGUGGAGACACGCUUCCGUGCCGACAUUGCGGUGCCCAUCAAGAAUCAGAGUGGCAACUACGGCCGCGACGAUACCGACCAGGCGAUGAACCGAUUGAGAGCACUACUUGCCGCGCUUCUUCUCAGACGGACAAAGACGUCCAAGAUCGACGGAAAGCCCAUCUUGAGCUUGCCGGAGAAACACGUUGCGAUGGACAAGGUGGUUAUGGUGGCAGAAGAAGACGCGUUCUACAAGGCGUUGGAGGACCAGACGGCCAAGAAGGCCCAGCAGUUGCUCCAGCAAAAGGGCGUAGGUACCUUCCUGAGCAUCUUUACGCUCCUCUUGCGGCUCCGUCAGGCAUGCUGCCACAGCUACCUCGUGGAGUUGGGCAUCCGCAAUGCCAAGGAGCAGGCGGGUGAAACUGCGUGGAAGGGCCAGUACGAAGAUGUCAUAAAGCUCGAUGGGCAGGUCCAACGGAGGGUCCGAGAGGAGGUCGAGCGUGAGGAGACGUACAGCUGCGCGAUCUGCUACGAGCCGCCAGAAAGCAUGGAGGAAGUGGUGUUGCUCUCACCGUGCGGACACCUUCUCUGCCGCGAGUGUGUCCCAUCGUUUUUUGACAGGUUUGCGGAGAACGAGGCGCCCGAGGGGAAGCGCGUCGCAAAGUGCUAUGCAUGCCAGAGGAACGCGAUGGAGGCACAUUGUAUUGGGUAUGGGAUGUUUGAAAAGGUGUGGGUGCUAGGCUGGGCGCGCGAUCGCGUCGUGGCGCACUACACGGCCGCGUCACCACGCCCCAAGUCCCGUGACCAACAGGUGCUGGAGUUGAUCCGCGAGAGCGGCGGCGAAUUCACGCCGCUGGCCAAGAUGGACCAGGCGGUGACAUUGGUGGAGGAGAUCUUGGCCAAGGAUCCGCUGGAGAAGAUCAUCAUCUUCUCACAGUUCACGUUGCUCUUCAACUUGCUCAAGUUGGUGUUAGACGCCAAGGGGAUUCAGUUUUUGCGCUACGACGGGAGCAUGAGCGGGGAUGAGCGGAAUAACACGAUUGGACGGUUUUACAACGAGCCUGAACGUAGUGUGCUCUUGCUCUCGCUAAAGGCCGGGAACGUGGGGUUGACCUUGACGUGUGCAAAUCAUGUCAUUAUCAUGGACCCGUUCUGGAACCCGUUCGUGGAGGAACAGGCGAUGGACAGGGCCCAUCGCAUUGGUCAGCACAAAGAGGUGUUUGUGCACCGCUUGUUGAUCAGCGACACGGUCGAGGAUAGAAUCAUGAAGUUGCAGGAGACGAAAAAGGAGUUGGUGGAGAGCGCGUUGGACGAGAAGGGCAUGAAAGUGGCUGGGAGCUUGGGCAGACAAGAGUUGGGGUUCUUGUUUGGGCUCAACAAGUUGCGGUGA